AUGUCUCUGUCCGGCUCACAGACACCAGAGGACGGACUCUACGGCUCCUGGGUCGAGCUGGAGGAGCUGAUCGCAGCCGUGAGCAGCAGGGAGAGUCUGACAGGGCCGCAGGACAGCAUCUCCUCCGCCCUGCACGGGGAGCUGGAGAGGAUCCUCCUGGAGGCGCAGCUGGAGUGUGAGAGGAGUAAAGACAGUCCUCCGCAGGUGGGGACUCCACGGUCCACUGGUUCCCCGAGACCCAGCAGUGAUCAGGACAGCGACUGUGUCACCAUACAGGAGGAAGUUGAGCGGCGAUCGGACACAGACUGGGUGUGGGAUUGGUCCAGUAGACCUGAAAAUAUGCCACCAAAAGAGUUUGUGUUUCAGCACCCGAAGCAGCCGAGCUCCCUCAGCGUUAGGAAGACAGAAGUGAUGAAGAGAGGACUCUUCUCCUCCGAUGUUCUCCUCAUCCUUGUUCCUUCGCUGCUGGCUUCACACCUGCUCACACUUGGAGUCGGGAUCUACAUAGGAAAGCGACUGGCUGCUUCCACAACUAGCACGCUGUGA